AUAAAUAAAAUCCGAUUUAUUAAUUAAACGUACGUGGCUUGAAUUGUAGCUCUAUUCCUCCCUAACAUUUAUUUAUGCACACAACAUGUUUGUUGAAAUGAUUCCUUGGAUAAAAUUCCAUCGAAAAGAUUCUCCACACUUCGGAAUAGAAAAGGAAAAAGAUAGAAAAUUUAGGAGCAGACUAAUCGAAAAGAGUGGAGAUUGGUUUAGAACGGAAUAUGGAUUCUGUAAAGGUGGCAGAGUUGGAGCAGUUCAUUACUCAGUGCAGAUCAAACCCUUCACUCCUCCAUAACCCUUCUCUCGCCUUCUUCAAGUUCUAUCUUCAGAGCUUGGGUGCUCGAAUUCCUUCUGACCCUGAUAUGGAUAAAAACGAUAUGGAGGACAGUAAGGAAAAUAUUGAUGCCAAGAAGCAUGAGUCGUUCGGGGAAGAUGAUGCCAUUGUUGAGUCUGAUGUUGAAUUGGAUGAUUCUGAUGUUGUGGAGCCUGAUAACGAGCCCCCACAAAAGAUGGGAGAUCCAUCUGUUGAGGUUACAGAAGAGAUGCAAGACGAAGCACAAGCUGCAAAAUCAAAGGCUAUGAAUGCUAUUUCUGAAGGUAAGCUGGAUGAAGCCAUUGAUCACAUAACACAAGCAAUAGCGUUAAAUCCUAAAUCUGCAAUAUAUUAUGCAACUAGAGCUAGUAUCUUUGUCAUAUUAAAGAAACCAAAUGCAGCUAUUCGGGAUGCUGAUGCAGCUUUAAAGAUCAACCCUGACUCUGCUAAAGGAUAUAAAAUAAGAGGCAUGGCGAGGGCAAUGUUGGGUCAUUGGGAAGAAGCUGCUAAGGAUUUGCAUGUAGCAUCCAAUAUUGAUUUUGACGAGGAGAUUGGUUUGGUGCUUAAAAAGAUCGAACCUAAUGCUCGGAAAAUUGAAGAGCAUAGGAGAAAAUAUGAACGCCUGCGAAAAGCAAAGGAGGCAAGAAAAGCUGAGCGUGAGAAGCAGAGACAAUUUGAAGCCCAAGCUCAAGAAGCACUGUCUGCUCUCAAGGACGGUGAAGUUAUCGGUAUACACUCCAUCGGUGAGAUGGAAACAAAGUUAAAUGCUGCUUCAAAGACAUCUCGUCUCGCAAUCCUCUAUUUCACAGCAACAUGGUGCGGUCCAUGCCGUUUCAUAUCUCCUUUGUAUGUCAACUUAGCUGGUAAGUACCCGAAAGUUGUUUUCUUGAAAGUUGACAUAGACGAGGCAAGGGAUGUCGCUGCACGCUGGGACAUAAGUAGUGUUCCGACCUUUUUCUUCGUAAGGAACGGUAAAGAGAUAGACAAGGUGGUUGGUGCAGACAAAAAUGCACUCGAAAACAAGAUUGCCCAACACGCAGGCUCAUCAGCCCAGUGAACCGGGUGGGGCACUCGACGAAAGGAGAGCGCACUGAGCAAGUACGAGAAAUUGGCCCCGCUGAGCUUUAUUUAAGAUAGAAUGGGGGGAAUCGAAAGGAAAGGCUUCCGUUUCCGUUCUUGGUUUGGGUCUUUGGACUUUUUUUUUUUUUAAUUGUCUUUGUACUCUGACUUUAAUGCUGAGCAAAAAGAAAACGGGUUUACUACGGCUUGUAAAAUGACUUGCUGAAGUUGAGUCCAAAACUCACAUACAUGUACAUGUUUAACGUUAAUAGUGUUUUGUUUUGGGUUGA